GUGACCUACUGCUAUAUAGCUGCAGCCGUUUCCGCGUCCCCUUUAUUGCGUACACACACACGCACACGCACACAAAUAUAUAAGCGAGUGUUAUAAAUAUGUGCGUGUGUAUGUGUAUAUGAAUUUUUUUUUUUCGAUUCCUUUCUUUCCAUUUCUCCGCCCGUUCGAUCGAAUUCGCCUUGCCCGCGCACACGCUCGCGCGCGCGCUCUCCGACUCGUUCAGUCAGUGUCCAUUCCGCAACCGGUACAACUGCGCCGCCGACACACCGCGAUAUUUGCAAAUUAUUGAAAAGUCGAAGACGCCCAAUAACUAUAAACAGUGCCGUUCGCGUAAACUCCUAUACGGUAUUAUUAUUCAAUUGAUAUUUUGCCGAGUGGUUCCAACCGGCCGACUCGAUCGUCGAUAUACAUCGUCAUUGUUCGAUUUUUCCAUCUGCAGACCACACCAACGGCUAUAUAUUGAGUACGGGCAACUGUCCAACAACGAUGAGAGCUGCAAAAAAGUCUAAAUCGUGUUGUAACAGAUAACUACCAUCAAUAAAUACAACAGGUUGCAGGCGAAACUUCAAUAUACAUACCUGCGCAUAUAUUAUAACGAUAUAUUAUUCCGUUUGGCUCUAAGCGUUCGACCACGACUCGCAUUGACAUCUAAAAUAAUAUUAUACGAAACCGACGCGGAAUAUUAUAUUCUUGCGUCCUAGGCGUCGGUAAAAGUAUAUAGAAAAAAAAAAAAAUUCAAUAAACCCACAAGAAACUACACUAUAGCCGUUGUGAAUAUAUUUUGACCGGUGCGAUUACUGUGCGUUAUUUCUUCGAACCCGUUCGACUUCAAAACAGCGUUUCCGCAUCGUCCGAAAUAAUAAUAAUAAUAACACUAUAGGAAUGAUAUACUUUGGGAAAUCGUCUUUGUGGACCGCGUUGUUACUGUGGUUGUGGUUCGAGAACAAUGUCACCGGUGCAGACGACAACUACAACAAUAAUGGUGUGCAUGAGGAGAAGGACACGCCACACUCGCGGCAGAAACGUCUGCUGUGGAUCACCACGGACGGCCGCCUGGCCCUGCCACCCGGCACCAGGCUAACGAUAACACCAUCGCUGUCGCUACCGUUCGUCAGAUACCCACCAGACGGGUUCCUGUCCAACAUGAGUAUCAGCUUGCCAUUCACGAUCGACUUCGAUGGCUUGGGGCUGACCGAUAAUCAGAAUCCGUUCGGCGCCUUCCCGCCGAUAUUGGCAAGGAGCAUGGGAAGACAGAUGGGUUCGGUACUCGCCGACUAUGUGUCUCAACUUAUGGAUGGCCGGAGAUCGACUAGAUCUGUUCCAACAUUACCCAAACCAAUACACUCGUACUUCCAAGGAGGUGAAAGGUAAACCAUAAAAUGCAUAAAAUAA